AUGCUCUCCAGGCGCAUUGUAGCGGCCCGCCCGCUGGCUCGAUCCCUCGUCCCCGCAACAGCACGACUCCAACCGCAAUUCAUCCAGAGGCGCACCGCCCUCACGGCAGCCGAGUACGCCGAGCUUACAGACCCCAACCAGAAUGGCGGCUACAUCAACCCGCCUCCGGAGAAGCGCUCGACGCGCGAUCCCUAUGGCGACUACUGGGACAAGCAGGAGCGACGCAACUACGGCGAGCCCUGUCACGAGGACAACGACAUCCUCGGUGUGCUAUCGCUGCACGAAUAUGACCACUUUACGCCCGGCUGGGGAGGCAUCUUGUUGGGGACCUUCGUCGCUAGUGUCUUAGGACUGUGCGGAGUCGUUGCCAUGUACUACCCGGACAAGAAGAGUGCACCAAAGACAUACCCAGAUGGUUUGGAGGUUGAGCUUGGUGGCAAGCGCGCGCUGCUGGCCAGGAAGCCCGGUGAGGGAUGGGAGAUUUGAGAACCGUGAAAGAGCAUUAUGUAAAUAUCACGGAAUGGAAUUCCCUUUUGUUGUGUUG